AUGGCCGUGCGGUCCCGGCCUCGCCGCUCCGCCUACAACCUUUACCACCUCCGCCUCCCUCGGCUCCUCUUCCUCCUCCCGCUCGCUCUCCUUCUCAUCCUCUUCCUCGCGCACCUUCCCGCGCUCCUCCGCGGCGCCAACGCACACGGCCGCCAGUGCCUGCCAGCCGCUACCGACCGCCUCCUCCCCUUCCCCCACCCCAUCGGGGAUCCCCGCCUCAGCCUCGCCAUAGUCACCCUCGCCGACGAGGACGCCGGCAGGCCGGGCGGGCGGCGGUCCUUCCGCGGCGUGCUGGCGGCAUCCGCGCGGAACAAGCGCGCCUAUGCCGCGGCCCACGGGUAUGGCCUCGUCGCGCUCCCCGCGUCCGCCGUCGACCCCAGCCGCCCGCCCAGCUGGAGCAAGGUCCUCGCGCUCCGCACCCACCUCCGCCACCACCACUGGCUCUUCUGGAAUGACGCGGACACGCUGGUUACUAACCCGGAUAUCCCGCUGGAGAGGAUUUUAUUCUCAGUGAUCGGACAUAAUGAUUUUGAUGAGUCACCUGAUCUUGUUCUGACAGAGGAUUUCGGUGGUGUGAAUGCUGGAGUUUUCUUCAUAAGGAGGUCAAAAUGGAGUGAGAGGUUUUUGGAUACAUGGUGGAACCAGACAUCGUUUAUACAGUUUGGUUCCACGAGAAGUGGAGAUAAUGCAGCACUCAAGCAUCUCAUAGAUCACUUAUCAGCUGAAGAAAUGCAAGAGCAUGUUCGGAUAGCAAAAAUGCAGUGCCUCUUCAAUUCCUACCCAUGGACUCUUACGUUGAAAUCGGUGCACCGCCUGAUCUUCCACCUGCCCACUACAUGGAAAGGGGUUUAUUCAGAUGGAGACUUUAUGGUUCAUUUUGCUGGUCUGGAUGACAAGCAAGGGCAUCAAGAUGCUGUGGUCAAAAGUCAAAACUCUGCCAUGUCAGAUCUACCCAGGGUGUGUUCACUUCCUGUUGCUACUGUUAAACCAUCAUUAUCCAAACAGAACAGAACCUUCAUAUAA